AUGGCUUCAACAAGCAAGGGAAAACGGAGCAGAUGGGGACCCGAGACUACCACGAUGGGGACCACCUCAAUUACGGCGCCUAUGACGAGCGAACAGAUUGAUGCAUACAUAUUGCAUUUCCGGAUCAAAGAGAUCACUCAAACACUGAACGUAGACGAUGUUGCCCUUGCUAAUUAUCGUCGCAGAUCUCCAUCACCUGAACCCCUCUACGACUCAUCAGGUAAACGAAUCAACACACAUUAUCGUCUCUACCGAGAAAGUCUGAAGAAGGAACGCCACACUCUAAUACAGACUGUCAUGCGCACCAUUCCUAAUUAUCACCCGCCACAGGAUUACGUCCGAGGCAGCUUCCGAUGGAGAAACCCUACAGAGAAGGUGUACAUACCCGUAGAGGAAUUCCCGGAAGUGAAUUUCAUCGGGCAGCUUUUGGGACCACGCGGGCGCAGUCUUGCCGAGAUGAACACCAAAUCUCAUGCCUCUAUAGUCAUUCGCGGCAAAGGUUCCGUGAAAGAAGGCAAAGGCCGCACCGGCCCUCGUGGGCCCAGACGAGUCGAUACUGACGCUUACCAGGAACCUCUCCAUUGUCUCAUUACGGCGGAUACACAAGAGAGUGUCGAUACGGCAAAACAACUCGUUCAAGCAGUCAUCGAGAAUGCCAUUACCACACCAGAACACGAAAAUAACAGAAAACGCCAGCAACUCCGAGAUCUCGCUUUAGCGAACGGGACUUUUCGCGACGAUGAAGGCAUAGGGAAGGCCACUAACAUGACCCACAAUAUGCCUGCAUCAAUUAUUGUGUGCCAUAAAUGCGACGGACUCGGUCACAUUGCCCGUGAUUGCCGCAAUACGAAGAUGGCAGUCUCCCAGAAGACACCGCCGUGGAGGAAGUCGACUACUAAUUUGGAAGCGAAGGAUUCUCUGGAACUUACUUGCUCCAGAUUCCUCGCCGAUAUGGAAAAUGACGUACGGGCUAUUAACUGGAACCUGUCUAGACAUUGA